GGUGUUGAAUAUUUUACAGUUGACUGACGCUAGUUUAGGCUUGUAAUAAGUAGUUAAGUGUUCAACUAGAACAACUUGUUCAUUUCAUAACAUCUCACAAAAUAUGGCUCCAACAAGAUGGGGUAAUCGAGCUGAAUUAAGAAAAAUCGAGCCAGAUUUUGAAGGUCUAUGGGGUGAUAUCACAUCAACGAUGAAUUGGUGUGAAGCUAAGUAUGAAGUAUCGCCUUAUUUCGCAGAAUUUUGGAACACAAUAAGUAAUCUUGCCAUGAUAAUACCUCCUCUUUUUGGAAUAUUUUUAGCAUGGCGAGAUAAUAUGGAAUUAAGAUACAUUCUGAGUCUUUUAUCUCUAGCCACCGUUGGAAUAGGAUCUUGGUUCUUUCAUAUGACCUUAAUAUACGAAACACAAAUUUAUUUGAAAUUCCCCGAACCAGAAUUAUUCCAAACUGCAUAUGGCCUUUUAGUCCUAACAAUGGUCAUUCUUGGAUUUAGGUCUAUGCAAAAGUUUAAAGCUUGUAAAAGAGAUAGAAUGACCUACUAUUUGAGUUUAUUUAGCUAUGCUUUCGGAUUUUUCCUCUGGCAAAUUGAUGUAAGAGCCUGUUCCCAUUUAAAGUCAAUUAGAUCAGGUAUUGGAUAUCCUAUUAAACCUGUCUUGCAAUUUCAUGCAUGGUGGCACAUAUUCGCGGGAACUGGAACUUACAUUAGUAUUCUUUAUGUGUAA